AUGAUCAUGUACAGCUUCGUGAAGAAAACGUUGGUAGCGUUUCAUGUUGCCCAUCUGCUGGGUGCAGAAAGAAAGGGCUCAACCGCCUGCUUUGGGCAGUGGGGGCAGGAGCAGGCGGAUAGGCCUGAAGAAUGCCCAGCUCUUCCAAGGAUUGACUUUGCUGAUGUUGUUGCUGAAUUGUAUCCACUGGGGACCAAACUGUAUUAUGAAUGUGAUGAUGGCUAUGCGAGAAGAAGUGGCCAGUACUCAGGAAUUCGGUGCCAGUGUAUACAGGGGGUUGCUUCUUGGGUCUACAGGGAAUUUGAAUGCAUUGAUGAGAAAAUUUUGUUGUCAACAGCUCCCAUGAUGGAGCUAGAUUUUACACAGAAGCCAGAGGGAAAAACACAGAGCUCUGCACCCCAGAGACGAGAAAACCUUUCAGAGUCUGACCAGAAAGAUUUUUGUGGUCCUCCCAAGACUAUUCCACAUGCCUCUUUAAGCCUGAACAAACGGUAUUACACGGGGCAAGUAUUACAUUUCAAAUGCCAGAGCGGUUUUGAUAAGCAACCCCCCACCUCUGGCACCCGCACAUGCAAGAAGGUGAAUGGCCAAAUCGUCUGGACCGCCCUUGACAUGCAAUGCACCAAUGACAGCAGCUAUAGCAACGAGUGGCUGCCACAGACUAUUGAGCCAG